UCGACUAGAAAUGGUUCAGCCCGGAGGGUUUACAGGAAGUUGUAGCAGCUGCCAUGUUUAGCUGCUUUGUUGUAGAUUCCGUCUAGGUUUCCUGCAGAUUUUAAGUGUUGCAAUGGAACCGAGCUGGAGUACAUUUUUAUUCCAGUCUUCUGUAGGUCCCAUGGUUCCAGGGAAUCCACGUAGGGACUACUACACAGGGAUCAGACAGGCCAAUGAAGCCCUGCAUCACCAGCACCAGGUGGCCCAAAACAGCUUGCUGCCUCUCCUCCAGUCAGGAGGACCAGAACCUGUGGACCAGAAACCUGUGAUGCCCAUCCUCCUGGAUCAGAAGCCCCCGGUCAGCGUCGCUGAGCUCCUCAAGGACAAUGUGGCCAGUGGGACAGGGGGAGGCGGAGGAGGAGGAGGCGGCGGCGGUGGUCCCGUUGUAGUGGUGAAGAAAGAGCCCAAGUCCAAAACGCCUUUCAUCUGCGGCUACUGCAACAAGGCCUUCCGGGACAGCUACCAUCUCAGACGGCACGAAUCCUGCCACACGGGCGUCAAGAUGGUGUCUCGUCCCAAGAAGACACAGACGGCGCCCACAAUGGUGCCCAUGAUCUCCACAGUGCCACAGCGUGAGAACAGCGGCGGUCAGCCCUCUUACAUCUCCACCAUCGCUGGCAUCCUCACCACGGCCACAACCUCAGCCUCCACGGGCUCCAGCAUCAUGUCUCCCACCAUGGUGCAGCAGCACCAGCAUCAACAGCAGCACCACCAUCAUCAUCAUCAGCAGCAGAGCCAGCCCAAGAAGCCUGCCAAGCCAGUGAAGAAGAACCACGGCUGUGAGAUGUGUGGCAAGGCCUUCCGUGACGUCUACCACCUGAACCGUCACAAGCUGUCCCACUCAGACGAGAAGCCCUUUGAGUGCCCCAUCUGCCAGCAGCGCUUCAAGAGAAAGGACCGCAUGACCUACCAUGUGCGCUCACACGACGGGGGCGUUCACAAACCUUACAUCUGCUCUGUCUGUGGGAAGGGCUUCUCCAGGGAUAUCGGCAGGGGACAGGGAGAAUGCUGCAGGGGCCAGACGGCACCAGAAGAGAUGGGUCUCCAGUGUAACUCCUGCAGCUCCCAAGGCCAAUGGCCUGACCAUCUAAGCUGUCAUGUGAAGCAUGUUCAUUCCUCAGAGAGACCCUUCAAAUGCCAAGUAACGGCCUGCACCUCUGCUUUCGCCACCAAAGACCGCCUGCGUUCCCACAUGAUCCGACACGAGGGCAAGGUGACCUGCAACAUCUGUGGCAAGAUGCUGAGCGCUGCCUACAUUACAAGCCACCUCAAGACCCACGGCCAGGCCAGCUUCAACAACCCCUGUAAUAAAGGGCUAAGUGACUGGCAGUGGAACCACCACUCAGGGCUACGAAAAGGUGAGUUGACGGUAGGAGAGAUCUUAAAUAACUCCUUCCAAGUCCUUAUGGACAUCUCUCGUUUUCAAGACUCUAACAACGUGCACAACUCCGGCUCAGUGACGCCCGUCACCAACUCUGCCGCCAUCACCUCGGCGAUGAACCGUGGCAACGCCAGCAACCCGGUAACCAUCGCCGCCCAGAUGAACAUCACCACCAGCACGGUCAACAUCACCUCUCCAAUCAACCUGCAGCACCCAGUGACCAUCACUGGGCCCAUGAAUAUAGCCCACCCUGUGGCCAUCACCUCUGGGAUGCCCAUGAAUAUAACCGGGCCGCUUAACAUCGCCAUGCGGCCCAUGGAUAGCAUGCCUUUUCUCUCCCAGGUCCUGCCUUCCUCCCCUCCCUGGUAGUAACCCCUUCCCUGGUCCCUGGUUAGCAUCUCUUUAUCAACCCCUCUCACCUCUCUCCUUCUACCCCCAAACCACCACCUCCUCCCUUACUUUAGCAGACCUUCCUCCUUACCAGGAGUACUAUAGAUGAUCUUGUAGUAGAGCAGAGGUGUAGUAUGGUGGGCUAGCUGGACGCUGUACCUGUCUGUCCGUCUGGCUGCAGUGGGAGCAGCUGUGACUGCAGCAUGAUGAGAGGUGGACUGGCCAGCCCCUGUAGAUGCUGGUGCAUUUAAUUACCUUUUAACUGCCGGUAGGAGAACAGUCCUGGAAACCAUGUGAAGUCUCGGAAGGAGGAAUGGAGCUUUGGAAUGAUGCUCCAAGUGGAAGCCUGACGUAAACAAACAACGAGUUAUCCCUCGCCUCUUGCGUCAGAACAUACCUGCACAUUUGGCAUUGGAAUGAAACUGUAACAAAUGUAUUGCUGGUAUUAAUGUUUUUAAAUGCUCUCUUACAGAGCAGAUGGUUUUUAUAUUAGUUUUCCUUUUGUUAUUAUUAUUAUAGCCUGCUAAUCAGUAUUUAAUAGUUGUAUGCAUUGUAAGGAGUUAAGUACAGCAAAAGGGACAAAGUAUACCAUUUUGCAGGAUGGUGAUUUUUUUCUGGAGAGAAAAAUAUCAAAGGCUCAACAGUUCAAUCUUAGGUCAAUGCCUUUGACUGCGUAAGGUGAGCUCUCCCAGGUCCUGAUGCCAUCUCUGGAAAAUGGUCACAUUCUCACUGCUGGUUACUGUAAACCUAUACAUGGUUUUUGUUAGUUUUGUUUUUGGAAUAGUUGUCAGGUGUAUUUUUAGAUGACUUGAUAAAGUAGCCGGAGGACAUUACAGUGGUAAUGUUACAGGAACACAAGGAGGAAAUGUCUCGCACUGAAAGCAUAUCCCCAAGUUAAUGUCCUGAAAACAGCAGUAUUAUUAAGAAUCAAAAUUAGUAGUGUUGGCUGUGAGCCUUGUUAAUGUAGAGGCUAUCAGAGCCACCUAGUGGUGCAGUAGACACUAUGCUGAAAAAACAGUCCCAAAGUUCACCUUUUAAAACUUUUAGUGAAAAUAGUUAUGUUGGGAGAGGUUUUUGUAGGGCCAUUUAAUCCCCCCCUCUUUUUAGUUUUUUUUUAUUGCAGGUUUAGGAUCUUAUAAGUAUGAACUUCUACUCAGGAACCGUACUGAGAGUAGCCCAGUCUUUUGAUGAGAGUAAAAGGAUCAAUUUAAGGUCAACACGCAACCUUGGUUGACCUUAUACCCAUUCUUUGUAAAUAUUACAACACAAUUAUUUUAUUAUUUUGUCUUUGCCUUUCAAAAAAUGUAAUAAAAGUAGAUAUCCUUCAACACAGGUCAGGGCUGCAAUUACUUUAUCAAUGUCAAUACGACCGUCCAUUGGACUACUUUUGCAUAGUUUACUUCCCAGGCUAGUUUGAGGCUUUUCUGUCUUCUUAGGUCAUUUUUAUUAUAUUACUGUAGAACCAAAGCUGCCAUCUGGGGCCCAAGGUGCCCAGAAAGAGAAUGGAAGCAGAGAUGAGAGGCUGUGUCAACUACAUGUGUUCUAGAAUGGUCAAAGAUUAUGGGUCAAGGGUCACAAGGCUGCUUCCUUCCCCAGCCCAGUGCCUACUGGCGCUGCCUAGGCCUAUGUUCAGUACACAGGCCUCUCCCUCAACUGGCAGGAACUCUUUGGAACGCGUGUAGCCGGCACGGCGCCGAUGUGAGCCAUUGCCCCAAAAUCAGGCUGUAUGUCAAACUGGUGGACGUUGUUCAGAGACUUCUGCCCUCGUCAGUGGCCUCGCCUUCCCUGUGUCUCUGUCUUGGGAAAGGCAAGAUGUAUGAGGCCUUUGCUAGUAUUGCAUGCAUGCCAACACAGUGCCCGAAGAUAAUUACUCUAAUCUGGUAUGGAGUUGUGGUCUUGUUGGCAUUGGAUUCCCUUUCCAUCGAUCUCGUAUCGAUGCUGCAUGUGGACGUCUGAGCUCGUCCAAGUUUGGGUUGAGUAAAAAAAUAGUCAUUAGACUUGACAACUUUUUUAAAAAGAAAACACUACAAACAGAAUAGUUUUGAAGUAUGUGUAUGUUUGUCAUUUGGCCUUCCGCAGUGGCCGUAACUAGUGUGCCUGAACUGCUUUACAACAAGACUAUUUCACACCUCUGCUUCCUCUUCUAGAUGUGAUGGACAUAGACUUAGACAACACUAGUGCCCAAUAGCCUGUUUUAGCAUGGGCAGCGCCAUUGAGGACUUUUUGAAGAAGUCAACUGGAUGGGACUUCCUAUAGGGUUAAGGAAUGAUCACAUAAUUCUAUCCAGGUCACCAGGUGGGAUCAACCAAUGAAUUCAACUCAUGAGGAAACAUUCCAUAACUGCAGGUGGCAGUAAAUCGCCUACCUUGUUCUAACAACACACUCCAGGUGGCAGUAUGCACCCUUUUAGUUUGUUUACCAACUCAUAGAAGUAGUAGUAGAAGAAGAAAGUGUACUAUUUCAGAAUUCAAUGGUGCUGCCUCUGCUCUCACAGAUGCCAUAAUGUCUAUGGUGAUGGACUUGUUUCGUGAAGGAAGCCUUAACUGUUCAGAUGGCUAAGAGCUAGACAGCCCCCUCAACCAAAUUGAUAUGUUGUCAUUUUUGGGGGCGGGGAGUAUGGUUUACAUUGAAUUAAGUGUUUUGUAAGCAACAUUCUAAACCGUUAUAAACAUUUUGAAAACUUGUUCUGUAAUAAUUUUAUAAAUAAAGGGCCAUUACUCUUAUGCACCAUCAGUUUCUUUUUAACCAAAUGCUUUUAAUUUGUUUACGAUGACACUACAUUUUUUAAAAAUGCAAUGAUGGGUUUGGGCUUAACUUAAGUUUUGGAAGAGAGAAGUUGGUCUGAUCUUUCUCAAUUUUCUUUAUGAUUUGGAAGUUCUUGGAGCCCUGUGAAGGCUGAUGAAUGUAUAUCUUUGUACAAAACCAUUUAGUUCAGAGGACAUGUUAGUUAUGGUAGACACAUGCAAGGAAAAAAAAACUUUUUAUAAAUCUUUUUGUAUUAGAACAUUAACAAUGGUAAUUUUGUAUAUACGAAGACUAGGCUUUCUAAUUAGCAUAAAGGUAAACAUUCCUACUUUUUUUUUUAUAUACAUAUGUGUGUCAAGAAUAAUUGUAAACAUAUGCGCAAUGUUUUUCUGUGCCUUUUAUUUGGGUUGUCUAAAUAAAAGAACUAUAAAACAUGAUUGUGGACUGUCCAUGCUGAGUCUCAGUGUAGGGAGGACAGAGUUAACAUUUGGCUCACCCAACACCUCCUAAAAGGUAUCUCCUUUCUUUCGUCCCCCCCCAUUUCCCCCCCUCAGGUGUCUACACUGCCUGGCUCACAGUUGGCGUGCUAUUGGAGUAUGGUGUAAUGAUAAGUGCCUCUGUGACUGCGUAUUGAGAGGAUUUGGGGUGUAUUGUGCCAAACCAUGCUGUGUGUGGGUGUUUUUUUUUCUUCUCACUCAUUUACAUUUUUAUCAAUUAAACUUGGAAACUUGGA